AGUUUGGUUUCAAAGUUCUAUGUGCUUACAAGUCUUACAAGUCCUAAUUACAGCUCUAAAGAUUUAAUUAAAUUCUUCAGUGUUCUCAGUGAUUGUUUGGGAUUUGAGUAAUUUCUGUAAUAUGGCAAUGAAAACACAUUUCAGUGGACUCUUAGUGAUUUUCUGCCUCAUCUAUCCCAACAAAGGAUUGCUUCAAGAUGUUUCCUGUGACAAAGCAUUGAGCAAUUCAAUCAAGUGCACGUUCACGAAUUUAAAUGACGACGAAAUAAGAUUUAAAGUUCCAACAAAAAACUUUGAAUCCGUAACAUUCAAGAACUGCAAUCUGACAAAGUUCCCAAAAACGUUAUUCAAAACUUUUCCUAAAAUCACGAAGGUGGAUCUAUCCACGUCCCACGUGCACCAACUCAACGGGAAUAAAACACUAAAUGGUGCAAAAACAUUGAAGAUUCUGGAUUUAUCACGGAACAGCCUUGAAGAAAUUGAAGAUUUUGUGUUCAGCGAAGGAAAAGAGUUGGUAGAGCUUCAUUUGUCGAGAAAUAAAAUAAUUUCUGUGAGACCUAAUGCCUUUGCAGGGCUAGAGAAGCUUGAGCUUCUGGACUUGUCGUUUAACGACAUUAAAAUUCUUACGGAAGAAGUAUUUUCAGGAUUAACCAAACUCCAAUUUAUCUAUGUGAAUAACAAUGAUCUAAAAAACUUAACGUUCGACCUUCGUGAAUUGAAAGAUUUAACAGAAUUUGAUAUUAGUAACAAUAAAUACAUCGAUGUAAAUGGAUGGUUAACGGACCUACCUUCACACAUCAAACCCAAACUGUCAUUUAAUUACUCGUACUGUAAUGAAGAUAAAACAAUUUUAAAGACCUGGGGCACUAAUAUAAAAACAUAUAUUGUAAAGCACAGUAAAGUCAUUGACGUGUAUACCUAUAUGAAUGUACGGUGGGAAACCUUGGAUAUAUCUGAGAAUCUACUGAGAGACAUUACGAACAUUACAAAGAUUCAAACUCUACAAAAUCUUGAUCUGUCUGAAAAUCCCCUCUCGCCGCUGAACGUUUCCACAUUUAGCCUUUUGGAUGAUCUUCGUACACUCAAUCUACGUUCAACUGGAAUCUCUCUGGAUCAGAACUAUUUUGCAGCACAAAAGAAAUUAACUUUCUUGGAUAUUUCCGGAAAUGGUCUGACCUCUCUCGAUCUAAGGGACUUAAAGUCUCUCUCAAGUCUUCAGACACUUUACUUACACGAGAACAAUUUUACUGAAUUGGAGUACAUUGAGGAUAUAAAGACGAUCCUGCCGAACUUAACCACCAUCUCCCUCUUCAAGAACAACUUCAGCUGCUCCUACAAUAUUUUAAUGCACGAAUUGUUUGAAAACCUAAAGAUAAAAGUUUAUGAUGGCACCAAAGUCAUCGAAAAAGAGGACAUAACUAGAAUGAGAGUCAAUUGCAGUGAAAUGAGUCAAUUACGGCCUAAGAACCUGGAACAAGCUAUUUUUUUCAAACAAAUCACUAAUUAUUUAGGAAACUCCUUCCAACAGCAAUUAGUCAAAAGUAACCGGAAUAUCAUGAACAACUUGCAAAUUGAAAGAUCUAAAGAAACUAAAAUCGUAUCGAAGAAUAUUACAGAUUUGAUGCAAUAUCAAAAUAAAAUAGAGGAAAAUCUAAUAUCCAAAAUUAUUUCCAUGGAUAAGUAUUUUUCUACUCAGUUAUCAACACUCACAAACAUAAUUUGGAAAAAUCAAUCACGUUUAGAAAUGAAAAUGGAAAAACAAUUGUUGAAUUUUGGCCAUCAGUUCACAGAGAAUAUUAAUGAUCUUAAAAAUAUUACACAAAGAGAAGGAUUUAAUAUUAAUCAAAAUACUGAACGUCUAAACAAAAAGGUUGAAGAGUUAAUGUCGGAAAUUGAAUCCGUUAAAAUGAAAUAUGAAGAGUCAAAAAGUGUAAUGAAUUUUAUUAGAGAUUUUGUUAAUGUCACUAAAGAAUUAUUUUAGUCAGUUUUCAGAGUUUAAUUGAUUAAAUCUUAACCAUAAUCAUUUUAUUAUACUUAUAAUAUUAUACUAUUGAACAUAUUCUUACCUAUAAUCCGUUUAAGAUCAUGUGAAUCUCUUGGAUAUAAUAAACUAUCAUUCUAAUCGAUUCUA